UGUGUUCCCCCCUCCCCCUUCAAUUUGGGGUCCAGUCAACCUCCCUCCAGACCCCAUCCCACUUCAAUUCUCUAAGUCCCCUCUCCCGACCAUGCCAACCCCGCUCCACCCAACUGCUCCCCGACUGAGCCGCCUCAACAUCUCAUCCGGUCAGCACACUCCGGCUAUAGCCAACCUAAAUAUGCACAUAGCCAAUCUGCCCGGCACCCUACAUGUACACCCCUCCCAAGUCCCGGCCGGCUGCUUACACCCCCAGCUCCCCAGCUCCCUCCCGAUACCAAGUGAGCAACCAACCACCCAACACCUGGCAUACUCCAGGCCUACCUCCCGCCCAGCCACCAACAUGCAUACCAAGCCAGGGACUGACCUCACUUCCUUCAUUGCUGCACUCCACACACACACACCCCACACACACACCCGGCUUACUCCGGCUAGAUGA